AUAUUUGUCACCAAGCGAAAUUGGAUUAUUCCGAUGAGUUUCCGAACCGAGGCGCGUAAUAACUGACCAAUGAGAAACAAUAUCACAUCUGAUGCCCGAAUCGAGUGAAUUUGCGAACCUGUACGAGAAGUAAAGUAUGUCAUCAGUCAUAGAAAAAAAAGUUGGUUACUUAAAAUAUGAAGUCUCUUACAGUACAGCCAAAUGAAACCAAAUGAAAUUUUUAAUAAUAAAGCUCGGGUUAUUAUUCGUAAUUCUUGAUACUCGUUAAAGAAAUGCUACGCGCUGCAUGCUGCAGAAAUGAAAUAUCAUUUUCCCCGUUUUUAUCUUUCCUCUUCAUUUAUAAGGUAACCUCGUAAAAAAGUAAAAAUUUAAAAAAAGAAAUUAAAAAAAAAAAAUAGUUCGAACGUUUCGAAAAUUAUCAUGAUGCAAGCGAGUCAAAAUUUUGAUAAAACCGUCGAUCGUUUGUUGCCUCCGAAACCUCAUCGAAAUCAAAGGCUAUAUCGACCAGAAGAUGCGAAAACACUUGGUCUUCGAGUGCCAGAUUCUGAGAACUUCUCGGCUAAGUCGAACUCGUCCUCGUCUAAAAGUUCGGCACAUCUAUCCAACACGAAAUACGUUGGUAAAAGAUCGAAUGACGAUACCAGGUCCAAGAAAGAUGUUAAACGUCAUCGGAACGUAGAUGUGAGCGUAAAAGCGACCAAGAAGCAACCGGAUCUGAAACAAGAGCGGAAAGCUCAACGGACUCCCACGUUGGAGAGAUUGAGCAAUUUGCACGCGAAAUUGGAACGAGGAUUGAAAAACAUAUCGAACAGGACGAAAACUCGGUCGAAGGUUGGGCCGGACAGCGCCAAGGAGUCCAGCAAUCUGAAUUCGACCACGAUACGUGGAUAUGGCCGGUCCUCUGGUCGAUCCCUGAAAAAGAAUUCGGCGUCUCAAGAGGACAAGCUUAGGAAGGAGUCGAGUUCAAAAUGCACGAAACAAUUGUUCAGCAUGGCUGACUCGUGGAGCAGCGACUCGAUAAUCAGUCAUUCGGAUAACUGUGCCUGCUGUCACAGCCGAGAGCCUUGCCCCUUUCACGGAAGCGAGAAUUUCUUCCAAGACAAAUAACUAAUAAUUUUCCCCUCCCCUCGAAAUUUAAAUUUGAGAAAUUUCCAUCUGUAACGCGGAUAAUUGUAACCACAGCACGUGCCAUGAAUUCGAAAAAAAAUUAUCGAUCCUGAAAUUCAUCCGUCGCAAACCUCUACGAGCUUUCUACAACUUGCACGUUAAAUCCCGAUUUUAAUUCUCUAUACGUCCAGGAAUUUUAAUCAUAAAAUAAUGUGAUCGAGAUGUAACAAAAUAUGGUAAAAAAGAAAAAAAAGAAAAAAACUCACAAAAGAUGAAAGUGAACUAUCCGAAGAAAGUGGGAAAGGAAACAAGAAAGAAGUCGAAUGAUGUGUCGAAUCAUCGUAGAAAUAAAAAUAUUUAACAUCCGUGCGAGUAGCAAGCGCUGUUAUGUCAUAUACAAUCAAUACCGUAUAUAAUUUUUAUUAGUAUAUAUAAAACGUGAAAUAAAAUGUUAAUAUAGAAAAUUGA